UCACAUGUAGCUUCUAUUCUGAGAUUGGUCUUAAUUUGAUCAUUUACGGAGUACUGAUACAUGUAUGGUGAGGCUAGAUCUCCAGGUAUCGACAGAAGGUGAUUGAAAGUUCCUGGGAGAUAAUGUUUUAUCUAUAUACGUCCACAUAUACAAAUAUACAACAUGGUUAACGGUUGCCCUUCGGAUAAUUUCGGAUAAUGUUAGUGACCUGGAUAUCAAAUAUGGAGCUACGAGGGGGAUUUGAAGGGCCUACAACGAGACGAUCAGCCCAAUACCUGCUUAAUACAUAUUCCACCUAUAACUAUCCUCAUGAACUCUCAGAGUGGGCGUCAAAUUCCACAGAACCGGUACCAGUACCACGCGGUACACAUGUUCCUAGAUCCAUUAGGCCAGCAAUAGGUGUUACCACACCGGCUAUCACUAUUAAAUACUAACCAUUACUGCUUCAAACACAGUGAUUAAAUUAAUCCUAAACAUCCGUAUUAGAACACAACCCAGUUUACGAUUCGAAG